AUGGCGACCAACACGCCCAAGAAAGUUGCCGUCAUGAGCUACUCGCCUUCGUCCUUCCUGACUGUCCGCGUCGGCAUAGAGAAUCCCCAAGAGUUCCUUCUGCACGAAGCCAUGGUCUGCGCUAGCUCCAAAUUCUUUCGCCGUGCCAUGAAUGGAGACUGGGCAGAAAAGGCGCAACGGCUCGUCAAGCUACCCGAAGACGACCAAAAAAUCUUCGCCCUCUACGUCAACAUUGUUUGCACAAAUGAGAUCAUCAUCGGCUCGGCAUUCGAUCAGGAUUACCCCAAUCACCAAUACCGCAUCUUUUCUCUCGUCAAGCUCUACGUCUUCGCAGAGAAGGUGCAGGAUAAAGAAGCCAAGAACAAGACGAUCGAAACUCUUCUGCACUGCAUCACGAAGCAUUCGCCGGUCUUUGCGGUGGACAAGGAUGUCAAGGGAUUCCUUCCGAAUGCUGUCGCUGUUCAGUUGAUGUACGAAAACUCUUUGGAAGGCAGCUGCGGACGGCGUCUCAUGGCGGAUCUUUGGUGCGAUGCCAGAACGGACAUUCUGAACGAGUCGGAGGGCAUUUGCAAGGAUUUCUUCGUCGAUCUAAUUCGAUAA